AAAUCAAAGUUGGGUGUGAUCUUCUGCAAGAUCAUUGGUUCCCAGUAUUUCGUGUUCCUCCUGGGCAAAGUUUCUGUUUUCUCAGUUACAAGUCUCGCCUUAGAGAGGUGGUUCUCCGUGGUAAAACCUAUAAAAUACAAAUUAGCAUUUAAGAAACGACGAGUCCUUAUCUACCUUUGUAUCAUAUGGUUCAUCUGUCUGCUAUCACAUGUUUUUCUACCAUUUGGAAUGACUCUCGACAAAGACAAACUCAGGUGCAUUUGGGUUAGCACAGACCAUCCCCAAAAAUUCUUAGUAGUCACAUACACAGUUGUGACAUUUUUCAUCCCAACUGCUGUCACGUGGGUUACGUACUUACAUAUAUCUCUGUCGUCAAGGAGUUUUCCUGGAAGACACAACAAACGCGUCAGUCGUACUCGAUUCAAGCUUCUACGCAUGUGUAUCAUAGUAGCGUUAUUGUUAACUCUGUGUUGGUUUCCAAACCAGCUUUACUUUGCUUUAUCAACGUUUGAAUUCGUGAAGCUCGAGACACCUUUUCACCACUUUACGAUAGUCUUAGCCAUGUUUAAUUCAUCAACCAAUCCAAUAAUCUAUUGCUAUACCAAUCAAGAACAUAGGAGAGGAUUUGAGUCCAUAUUGUGUCCUCUUUUUAAUUGUUUUCUUCGGAAAAAAUAACCAAGUUUUACUUUAACUCACGAUCAUGAAGGAUUGCCGUCGCAGGAGAGGAACAGAACUAAUCAAGCGGAGAUUUUUGACGGUGGUGUUUUGCUGGGGUUUCAUUAUGUUAACCACGGAUGUGAACCGCAGCUGCAAGACUCCAGAUAAUAAUUCUCAGCAGUGUUUGCAGUAAUAAAUUCAUAGCAACAUUGUGACAAAGAACAUUCAUCAAUGCUAC